UUAUACGUCUAUGGUGCCGUUGGCUUUUUAUAAGGUGCGAGCACAUGUGUGUUGGAGUAGGUGGAUUAUUGCAAGUUUGAUUUAAACCUUGUCUUUGAUAUUUUACAAAAUUUAUUGCGAUUACAAAAAUUGAAUUGCCGCAGCAAUCGAUGGUUAGAUUAGGUUAGGUUAUCACAUUGUGACAGAAUACCAUACCUGAAAGAGUUGAAAAUAACAUAUUAGAAGAUUGAUACGUGAAUAGCACGAAAUCAGGUUGUUUUGGUUAUUUGGUCUUCGGUACGACAAAUGGUACUGCUGUCGCGCGAAGCCGUUAUACAAAAUGGUUAAGGGAACGAAAAAGGACCUGUCCGAAUCUGUACAGCAGAGAAAGAAGAAACAGCUAAAUCCGUUUGAGGUGCACAUCAAUAGAGACAAGCAGAAAGUAUUGGGUCGGAAGAGCAAGAAUGAUCGUGGACUUCCGGGAGUUUCAAGAGCCAAGGCUAUCAAUAGGCGUAAGCAGACCCUACUUGCGGAAUAUAAAUUGCAAAAUAAAGACAAUGUCUUCCUGGACAAACGUAUUGGCGAGCGGAAUUAUGCUAUGAGCACGGAAGAUAAGGCGAUAGCGCGAUUUGCCACGGAACGCAUGAAGGCGUACAAAAAGGAAAGCAUCUUCAAUUUGAAUGAUGAAAUAUUGACGCACAGAGGGCAGACUCUGGAAGAGAUUGAGAAAUUCGACGAUCCUAGGAGCGACGACGAGUUUAGCGACAACGAGAAUGCUGGCGGCAGGCUGGAUAGAGAUUUUGUAGAGGAGGCCCACUUUGGCGGUGGCACGUUGUCAAAGGCGGACUCUGCAUUGUCCAGGAAGGAUUUAAUUGACCAGCUCAUCGCAGAGUCGAAGAAGCGGAAGGCGGAGAAGCAGAAGAUCCGCGAGCAGACGAUAGAUCUCACAGAGAAGCUUGAUUCCGAAUGGAGGGACCUCUUGCCUCUCAUGUCCACUUCCAAGGAGUCUACGGAGGGUACUGAUGAAGCGAGAGCUGACACCUACGACAUUGCUGUACGGCAAUUGAAGUUCGAGGCCAGAGGUAAUCCAUCGGAGAAGUUGAAGUCGGAGGAAGACAUUGUUCAAGAAGAGAAGGAGAAAUUGGAGAGGCUCGAAGCUGAUAGAUUGGCAAGAAUGAAAGGAUUCAUAGGCGACACUAGUAAUCGUUAUAAGCAUAAAUCUGCGGAUGACCUCGAGGAUGAUUUUGUAAUGGAAACCAUCGAAGAUAAUGACGCUGAGUCAGCAGCUACUGACGCCGAUAACGUUAAUAAUGAAGAAAGUAGCGACGAAGUUGAUGAGGAUCUUGACGAGGAUCUUGACGAGGAUCUCGACGACGAGCGGAAAGAAAGUCAAUCAUUUCCAGCGUGUGCUGAUGAGGAAAUGAUUGAAAACGCAAAAGCGAGGAAGGAUGUUGAUAAAGAGGAAACAAUAUGUUCAGAAUCAUCUAAUGCCAAUGAGGCAGAUUUAAGUGACAAAGAUUCUAAGAUUGAAAAUUUGCAUGACGCAGAGUCUGAGAGCGAGGAUGAUCUCUUGGACUUAAAAAUGUCCGGAUCGUCUAGUGGGGACGAAGGCGAAACGCAAGUUGCAGUUGCGAGGGAAAGUAAGAAACGUGUUACAUUUACCAAUGAUGCAACGGAAGAUGCCAAACAGGCGAAUCAGUCGGAUAAGAUUUGUCCCAAGUCAAUUUUGAAACAGAGUAGCACACGUGCACAAGAACCGUCCGACGAAAGUGAAAAGCAGCGGAUCAGAAGCGAUCUCCUGAUGCGAAAAGAGAUCAUGGAAAAGGCACGAAAAGAAUUACCUUACACAUACAACGCUCCGGAGAGCUUCGAGGAGCUGGAAGAAUUGUUAGGGCAAUAUAGCGCGGACUAUCAAUCGGUGAUUGUAGAUCGUAUUAUAAAAUGUAAUCAUUGGACAUUAGAUGGUAGAAACAGAGAAAAGAUGUCAACUUUAUUUGUAUAUUUACUACAAUAUAUAAACAACUGUGCCUCUGCGGAGAGUGCUGAUGAUUUAGUUAAAUGUUUCCAAAUCUUCGAUAGAUUAUGUCCUUACCUUUAUGAUCUUGCACAUAUGAAUCCAGAGAAUGCUAAAACCUGCAUAAAGGAGGUGAUCAAGGAGAAACAUGAUGAAUUUGAGAAAAAUAAGACGAGAUAUCCCGAUAUGGAUACACUUAUAUUCUUCAAACUUGUAUCGUUGUUGUUCCCAACAUCCGACUUUAGGCAUCCUAUUGUUACUCCUUGUUUAGUAUUCAUGUCACAAAUAUUAUUGAAAGCUCGUAUCAGGAAUUACCGGAGCGAUCUCUCAAAAGGUCUUUUCAUAUGUACCCUUAUUUUAGAAUAUACAACGCUAAGCAAGCGAUUUGCACCGUCCGUAAUUAACUUUUUACGAGGUGUUAUUUACACAGCAACACCCGCAGAUUUAACGAAAAAAAUUAAAAUCAUUCCACCAUUCAAGACUACGUGUAAAGUUCUAGUGAUCAGUAAAACUGAAAACACAGUUGACACAAAUGACACACAUAUGUUGGCAAGUGAUUUAAUUCACGAGGAAUUGGAUGAUAAAUUUAAAAUAAGAGCUUUAUUGACUGCACUCAGGCUGCUUACGGAAUUUAAAAAUCAGUGUCAAGAAUUGGAAGCAGCAUAUUCAAUAUUGGAGCCUGUUUUUCAAUUACUAAAAAUAAACAAGUACAAACGAUAUCCGUCAAACGUAAGAGAUCAUGUAAAGGAACUGCGUAAAGGACUUAAAGAACUACGAAAUAAGAAAUUGGAAUACAUUAUGCUUGAGAAGAAAAAGCCGAAACCUUUAAAAACAUACGAGCCCAAAAUAAUGACCAUAUAUGACGGAAAACGGCAUAAAUCCGUGUCGAAGGAAAAAGCGGAGAGAGAAAAAUUACUGCACAAAUAUAAGAGAGAAUUUAAGGGCGCAAUUCGUGAAAUAAGAAGAGAUCGUGACUUCUUAGCCAAAGUACAAAUUGGGCAGCAAAUUAAGAGUGACGCCGAACGCAAGCGUAAAGUGAAUGAGAUUUUCGGCGACGCUGCUAUGCAGCAAAGCGAGCUCAAGAAACUAAAGAGAAGAUAAGUUGAGAAGAAGUGCGAUACAAAAUUUUAAGCAUUGUAAAUAUAUUCUUUAGUAUACAAUAUACAUAUAUUGUAAAUAUAUCUUUUGGUAUACAAUAUAUACAUAUGUAUAUUGUAAACAUACAUUAGUUUUAAAGUAGUUUUACUUCUCACCUUUUUUUAACGAUAAAUUUUUGAUCAUCUUGUGUUCGCAUUUUCUCUUAGAGAACAUCAAUGAUUUUUAAGUUAAAAGCGAUUUAACUUGAAAAAAAUUAGAAAGAUUGCGAAUUCAAUUAGGGAAUCAAACGGAUUAUAAAAUUAUUUUUCACAUGAACAAAAGGAUAUUUCUUUAUAACGUACCAACAAUUUAUAAAAUAUAUUCAUUAUUUUCAUAUUAAAUACGAUUUACCUCGAUGGAAAUCUGACUUUAAUAUUUUACAAGGAUAUACAUAUUUAAUAUUUAAGGACAUCGCAUCAAAUAAUGUUUUUCAAAGUUUCACUGAAGAAAAGUCCAAAACUCUUAUUGGGAGACAAAAGGAAAGGCGCUAUGCUACAUCGACUCGACAAUAGAUAUUAUUUACAGUUUAACAGAAUAACGUACUACCCGUGCUAUAUUUGUAUAUGUAAUAAUUUCAAUAUUUAAUUUGUUUUAAAUUAAUAAUUGUGUUUACAACCGUAUGACAAUGCUUGUCUCUAUAAAUUAUCACUUUGUAAUAGAGACAUUCUUCUGGUUGCAUAUAAGCUGUACGAUUUUUUAUUAAAAGAUGAUUUUAAUGUUA